AUGAACGGCAUGGCGCUCAGCAACGGCGCUUCCGUCGGCGGAACCGCUGGUAACGCCAAGCACGACAAGGUCGAGCAGCGAUGGAUCCUCCACGCUGUCAAUGGUGAUAAGUCCGCUACCAACAGCAAGUUCCAUCUUCAGUCUGUUUCAGACAAGAAGUACAUUGCAGAGGGCGGCAAGCUUACCAGCGACAUGGGCAGCGCUGAGAAGUUCACCAUCACCUACACCCCCAACGGCGCCACCCACUCUCUCUCAGUAGAAGUCAGCUCCUUUGUCUCUGUUGGCAAGGACGGCUCAGUUCAAUGGAAUGCCUCUUCUGGAAAAUUCAAGAUCUUUAGUGUCUCCUACCAGUAG